AUGCUGGCUAUGACCAAUGACGGCAUUGUCUCUCAAGUGUUUUUUGUCAACCUCUCCAGAGUCCCAGGACCACUGGAAAAUAAUGGAGAGAGGUCCUGCGAUGACAUUGGCCAGCCCUUCCAGUACCCUGGGAUGAAUCCUGUUGGGCGCCAUAGACUUAUGUGCAUCCAGCUGGAGCAGCAAGUCUCAAACAAGUCUUUCUGCAACGCACCUCUUGCUUUUUCCUCCAAAGUAUGUUAUAUUAAGUUUCGUGAAGCAUCGAGUGUUGGUGUGGCCCAGCAUCUAACUAACACGGUUUUUAUUGACAGAGCUUUGAUAGUUGUGCCCUGCGCAGAAGGUAAAAUCCCAGAUGAAGCCAAAGCCCUUUCUCUGUUGGCGCCUGCUCCUACUAUGACAAGCCUGAUGCCUGGUGCAGGGUUGCUUCCUAUACCUACACCAACCCCUUUGACAACACUGGGUGUUUCACUUGGCACUUUGGGGGCUAUACCGGCAGCAGCAUUGGAUCCUAAUAUUACGGCACUGGGAGAAAUACCACAACCACCAAUUAUGGGGAAUGUGGAUCCAUCCAAAAUUGAUGAAAUCAGGAGAACAGUCUAUGUUGGAAACUUGAAUUCCCAGACUACAACAGCAGAUCAGUUGCUUGAAUUCUUUAAGCAAGUUGGAGAAGUCAAAUUCGUGCGAAUGGCAGGUGAUGAGACGCAACCAACGCGAUUUGCUUUUGUGGAAUUUGCAGACCAAAAUUCUGUACCUCGAGCUCUUGCCUUUAAUGGAGUUAUGUUUGGAGACAGGCCACUGAAAAUAAAUCACUCCAAUAAUGCAAUAGUGAAGCCUCCUGAAAUGACACCACAAGCUGCUGCCAAGGAACUGGAAGAAGUGAUGAAGAGAGUAAGGGAAGCCCAGUCGUUCAUAUCUGCUGCUAUAGAGCCAGAGUCUGGAAAGAGCAGUGAAAGAAAAGGCGGUCGAUCUCGUUCCCAUUCUCGUUCAGAAUCCAGGUCUAGCUCAAAAUCCCGAUCUAGAAGGAAAAGAUCACACUCAAAACACAGAAGUAGAUCUGGCAACAGAUCACUCUCAAGACACAAGGACAGACGCAGAUCCAGAAGUCCCCUGAAAAAACGGUCUAGAUCUAGGGAAAGGCGGAAAUCAAGAAGUCGCUCUCGUUCUCGGGACAAGAAAAGAGACAAAGAAAAGGUCAAGGAAAAAGAAAAAGCCAAAGAAAAGGAGAAAGAGAGAGACCGAGACAAGGAGAAGGAGAGGGACCGAGACCGAGACAAAGACAGGGACAGAGAACGAGAUAAAGAGAGAAACAGGGAGAGAGAUAAAGAGCGAAACAAAGAUCGAGAAAGAGUCAGAGACAAAGACAAGGACAGGGACAGGGACAAGGAUAAGGACAAAGAUAGGGACAGAGACAAGGACAGGGAAAAGGAGAAAGAUAAGGAGAAGGAAAAAGACAGGGAAGAGGUAGAGCAGAACAAGGAAAAAGAAGAUACUGAGAAGGAAGGAGAGAAGGACAGAGAGAAGAUUAAGGACAAGGAGGGAGAUAAGGACAAAGGAGGGGACAAAGAGAAGGACAGAGACAAGGAAAAAGAAAAGGAUGGGGAUAAAGAGAAGGAGCGAGAUAGAGAAAAAGAGAAAGAUGAUAAAAAGAAGAAAGAGAAAAGAUCCAGAACACCCCCAAGAAGCUAUAGCUCUUCAAGAAGAUCUCGUAGCUCCAGCAGAGAAAGGCGUAAAAGGAAGAGCAGAAGUCCGUCCAAGUCUCCUAAAACAUCCAAAACAACAAAAAGGAAGUCUUCACGAACUCCUUCUCCAAGAAGAAACAAGAAAGAAAAAAAAAGAGAAAGAGAUACAAAUAAUGAAAGAAGAGAAAGAGAACGCUCCACAUCAAAAAAAAAAAGUAGUAAAGAAAAAGAGGGAAAGGAGAAAUCUGACAGAAGCACCGCUCCUUUGAAGGACAAAGAUCACGCUAAAGAGGAUCAGAACUCAGAAACUGACAAGGAAGUAGACAACAGAGACACACAAAGGACAGAUGAAAUCAAGCUACAACAGAAUGGGAACUGUCAACCAAAUGAAGAAAACCUCUCAAUUAAAAUGGAGGAGGUUUAAAGCAAAGAACGGACCUCUUGAUUCAACUAAGGAAUGAAAUCCAAAGCUUUUUAUUUCCCAGAAUGAGGAAGAAAAUGUCAAAGCAAUCAACCUGAAUGUGUUGAUAGUACUAAGUAGCUCUUCCAAUUCUUGUGAUAGCUUUGUUGUCUUCUUGCUGUAAAGCAAGAGAGCACGGACCAGUAGUUACACCAUGAAAAGGCAGAUGCCAUCAGAACUAUUCAUCUCUGAAAAUCCACACAUUUCCAUGAUGGCUGUACUUAUUUGUAAAAUGAUUUAUGUUAAGUUUUGCCAUAAGCUGUUACAAAUAAAUAGGAACUGAAAGAUGUAAACCUGUACUACCCAAAAAAAGCUGAAGAUAUGCAUUGAAGGUUGUUUAAAAUACUGCUUGUUGAUGAAUUUUGUAUUGUUUUACCUUGUGGGUUAAAAAAUUGACAAAAAUUUCAAUGUGUACUGUUUGAUGUGCUUGGAAAUGGUGCAUAAAUAUACACACUUUCUUUUGUUGUAAAUGACAACAUAGGGAAAGGGUCUUUAAACAUAAAUGCAGUUUUACGGUUCUUAUGUUAAAUACCCACUGACUAGUAUGUUUUUCAUUUGCUCACUGCUUGAGAUUCUUGGGUUUUAUUAUUUAAAAGAAUUUCUUACUAAUAUCCCUAAAAUUAAUAUUUCUUUUCAAGUAUUUGAACAAUGCAUGCUACUUUUCUGCUCCUGAAAGAAACAUUGCCAUGUUAUAGACAAUAGGUUAGCUUAGAGGGUUAUUUUGGGGUUGUUUGUUUUUUGUUGUUUUCUUUCGUCCUUCUGGAAGUGAGCACAUCUGUAUGAUGUUAUCAGAACUUACAGCUUUGCUUUGAGCCGUACUGCAGUGUGUCUGUUCAGCUGCAAAUAGUACAGGUGCCAUUAUGAAAAUAAAUUUUUCUUAUUUGUUAAAAAAAAUAUGGGAGCACAAGCAGAAGCUUUAGUGCCUUCUUAAAAUGUGGUAUUUUCUGGAAAUGUACGUGUGCUAUUACUCAUGUUCAGCUAAAUCUUACAUGAUCUCUAUUGCUAUUUUGCCACCACCAUACUGUAGACAAGAAUGCAAGUGAUUUGUCAGAGCGGUUGUUUGAUUCACUUGUUAAAAUACUAAAGCUCCAUUUUUACUUUUUGUUUUUAGAAGAGAUUUAUAGAUGAAAGCAAAGAUGCAAUUUGGGGACCACCACUGUACAAAAGUAGUAGCUGAAUACAAAGCAUUUUCUGAUCACCUGCAUCAAAGACAGCCCUUUAGACAUUUAAUCUACGUUUGAAUGGCCUUAAUCAUUACCUCUCCGUCAUCUUCUCUGAUACCUGUUGGGUGAUAUGAAAGGAAUUGUAUGCAAAGAAGAGGGGAUAAAUAAUUUGAGGGAAAAAAGUUCUAAUUUACACAGGAGUUAUAUGUGGAGAUAUUUUUCUCAAGGUAAAAACUGGCUUGUGUUCUCUGAACUAAUUUAAUCGGUUACAUGAGAUUUCUUAAGAGUCGUACCUUUAAAAUUUAUUUAUACCUAAAAUCUAGUAGAUUAUUUUUAAUACAACUUAAUACAAUCAAAUUACUUAAUUGCCUUACCUCAUGGGAAGAGUAAUUUCUUUCAGUUAAAAAAAAAAAUUAAUAGCACAUUAGCUAUUUGCUUUGAAUUUUUUUUUUUUCCU